AAUUUUGAAUUUACAAUUUAUCAUCGUCGAGUCAUCCCCGCGAUGAUAUCCAUCGGCGCCAUCACAGCACCCUCUGUUCCCAUUCCAAUCUCUCCUCUCAAAUCGCCCCUUUUCCUUCCCUAUCUCCUGAAUUCCCACCCAAAUCCCAUCCGAAGAAUGGCAUCCUUUGCCGGAUUACCUUCCGGAGUAGGCGCAGCCUUUAAUUCAGGUAGCAGCGGCGGCGGAAUUAAGGUUCAGACAUUGAGGGAUUACAUGGGAAGAGGGGGCGAAAACGUCGGAGACGAAUUGAUUGUGCUGUACGGUCACCUGGAGUAUGCUUGCAAGAGGAUCGCUGCGCUUGUGGCGUCGCCGUUCAAUUCCAGCCUGGGUAAACAAUUCAGUGGCAGCGAAACAGGCAGUGGCGGUGAGAGGGAUAACCCUAAGCCACUUGACAUUGUCGCAAAUGAAAUUAUAUUAUCAUCCUUGAAGAAUUCUGGAAAAGUUGCAGUAAUGGCUUCAGAAGAAGACGAUGCUCCGAUUUGGCUGUCUGAUGAUGGCCCUUUUGUAGUUGUUUUAGAUCCUCUGGAUGGUUCACGGAACAUUGACGCCUCUAUUCCUACCGGGACGAUAUUUGGCAUCUACAAGCGCCUUGUGGAACUUGAUCAUCUUCCAGUUGAGGAUAAGGCUACACUCAAUUCCCUCCAGAGUGGAGCUAAGCUUAUUGCUUCUGGCUAUGUCCUUUAUUCAUCGGCUACCAUUUUGUGCACGAGUUUUGGGUCAGGAACACAUGGAUUCACUCUCGACCAUUCAACUGGAGACUUUGUUAUGACACACCCAAACAUAAGAAUUCCUCCUCGAGGUCAAAUAUACUCGGUGAAUGAUGCUCGAUACUUUGACUGGCCGGAGGGGCUAAGGCGAUACAUAGACACGGUGAGACAAGGGAAGGGCGAAUAUCCGAAGAAGUAUUCAGCGCGAUACAUAUGCUCUCUUGUUGCGGAUUUCCACCGGACUUUGUUGUAUGGCGGCAUUGCGAUGAACCCCAGGGAUCAUCUGCGGCUGGUGUACGAAGCGAAUCCGCUAAGCUUCCUGUCGGAGCAAGCAGGAGGGCGAGGGUCGGACGGGAAGGACCGUAUAUUAUCGGUGCAGCCGGUGAAGCUGCACCAAAGGCUGCCGCUGUUUCUGGGGAGCCCUGAUGAUGUUGAAGAGUUGGAGAGCUAUGGGGAAGUCCAGCAGAAACUGAAUCCUGGAUAUGAUGUCUGAAUUGAGUUCAAUUCAUUCACUCCCUCUUGUAAAAACACAAACUUGAAUGUAAAGAAUAUAUGUAAUUAAUUAGUAGAUGAAAGCCUGCUGGUAAGAAAAAUAGUUAUACUUGCUCUGUAAAAUAAUUGUGCUACUUUUAGGCCAUGAUUUUUCAAGUAGUAGUAUAAUUUUGGGCGACGGCAAACCGGUUAACAACACAUUGUAUGUU